UCAUGGGGGGUUUCGCCUCGUUCAUCGAGGUGUUUCCGCUAGCUUCGUGGCUCUAUUCCGGUGUCGAGUCGCUUAACAUGCUAAGCAACGACGUCAUCAACCCCAAAGGGAUCAUUCCAAAGGGCCAGGUCGCGUGCGUUCUCACGCUGCUGAUUACGUCGUGGGCCGUGUUUUUCGUCACCGUGAGCUUGCCGCCAGGGAUGCCAUUCGUAGCUCACGAACUCGCACCGCUUUCCCAUGGCUACGCGUUAGCACUCAACAUCACGCUGGCGUCGGCGACCGUCAUGUCCAUUCCUGCAACGUUUGCCACCACUCAGGGACUGAUGAUGGCCUUCACGAACGUCAUUUCUGCCUUGGCAACUUCCAAGCUCCUGCCUCCAAAACUUGGCGCACGAUCUGCCACGUUCAACACUCCAGUGCACGCUACCCUGUUGGGCUCAACGCUGAGCUUGGGGCUUUGCAUAGCUGACAAUGUUGUUGGCGGCAUGGACGCAAUCAUGUUCAACGUCAGCAUGUUGUUUAUGUUCGCCGCCUACACGUCGCAGUGCCUGGGGUACAUCUUCCUCAAACUGCGACACAACGACCGUCCUCGAGCGUUUCGGAGUCCGGUCGGUAUCCCAGGAGCCGUGUUUGCCAUUUGCGUGUGGAUCGUGAGCAUUGUGUCGAUCACUGGCUUUCAGCACGACAACUACAUCAGCGUCGUGAUUGCAUUCGGUCUCAUGGCGGUUUGGUCCUUAUACUACGUUGCGUAUGCAAAGCACCGACAGGCCUUUUCCGACGACGAGCGGUCCAUUCUUUUAUUUGCCCACGUUGCCAACCUCGACAACGCCAAGCACAAACGAAUGACCCACAGCGUUGCCAUUGCGCCCCAGAGUGGGCUUAAUAUAUUUCGAGGUCGAAAUAUUCUAUCUAUGCCCAAGACGUGGAAGCUUACAACAGCUGCGUCGACUGCGCACAACCGAGUGCAGUCGUCCCCCGAAUCCGUCGUCGCCCCCCCUCCCCGAAAGUCACCACGAAAUGACGACCUUAUGGGCCGACUGAACGACCCAGACCUGUACUACUGAUGACAUCAUGACCACUCAAUAUUUAACUCGACAAACGGGGCGAACAUAAUAUUAUUAACGUUAUGCGCGAUAAUAC